AUGGACCCGUCCGACGUCGAGAUGGAGCCCGCGGAGCAUCCGUCCCAGCCCCAGCCCCAGCAGCCUCCGCCGCCGCCGCAGCCCGCGGCGGCCGGAGAUGGGUGGAGCAUGCUGUCCCGCGCCCGCGGCCUGCUCCAGGAGGGCCAGCCGUCCCUCGCGCUGCAGGCGUUACUCUUGGCCAUAAGAUCUCAAGGUGGUGAACAGGCUCUCAUCCAGACUCUGAACCGUGCACGUGACCUCUACAGGCAGAGAUCGCAGCCUGCUCCCAACAUUGAUGAGCUCGCUUCUUUGCUCGCACAGUGUGCUAUAGCAGAGGCUCAGACAUCAAACCCUAAUCCACUAGCACCUGGUUCUGACCCUGUCACGACGUUGAACUCUGAUGAGGCCUGCAUACUUGCUGAGUGUGGAAGGAAGCAGAUUAUCCUGGAUGCCUUCAACGAUGGCAGCAGCUUCAUUUGCUUGAAAUGUGGCGGGCUCUUCAGCACGUCACGCAAAGAUGAGCACCUGGCCUACUGGUGCGGUGCCGCAUGA